UCUGCUCACGGGCUGAGACAUGGGCUCUUAGACUUAGCUGCAGGUUCAAUCCCUCCCUCCUCCCGCCUCGCAUAUAAGAAACGAGAUGCCAGCUGCACGGGGACCAUGCAUUUGAGCCAUUGGAGCUUCCUUGGAUGUGGCACUUGUAUGUGCCCAACUGCAGGGGAACUGAACCCAGGCAUUGGCCUUACCCAGCAUAUAGAGAGAGCAUCCCCCACCUGAGACUGAACUUGUGAACCUCACGGUAGAGACGUGACCUCAUCGUCCAGCGAUGGCGCACCAGAUCAUCCUGCUCAGCCUGUUAAUAGCAACUGUCUUGUCGGUGAUGGAGGGAAGCCUUCCCUUCCUGUCCAAACAGCGAUUGAAGGGGCGAUUCCAGAGAGACCGAAGGAAUAUCCGUCCAAACAUCAUCCUCGUACUGACCGAUGACCAGGAUGUGGAACUGGGUUCCAUGUCUGUGAUGAACAAGACGAAGCGCAUCAUGGAGCAGGGAGGGACGCACUUUAUAAACGCCUUUGUUACUACGCCCAUGUGCUGCCCAUCCCGCUCCUCCAUCCUGACAGGAAAGUAUGUCCACAACCAUAACACCUACACCAACAACGAGAACUGUUCAUCACCAUCAUGGCAAGCACAGCACGAGCCGCACACAUUUGCCGUGUACCUGAACAACACCGGCUACAGAACAGCUUUCUUUGGCAAGUACCUUAAUGAAUAUAACGGCUCAUACGUCCCUCCGGGCUGGAAGGAGUGGGUCGGACUGGUGAAGAAUUCUCGCUUCUACAACUAUACCCUCUGCCGAAAUGGAGCGAAAGAGAAACAUGGAUAUGAUUACUACAAGGAUUAUCUAACAGACCUCAUCACAAACAACAGCAUCAACUUCUUCCGCACCUCCAAGAAAAUGUACCCCCACCGACCAGUGCUGAUGGUGCUGAGCCACGCGGCCCCCCACGGUCCUGAAGACUCUGCACCCCAGUAUUCCAACAUGUUCUCCAAUGCUUCCCAGCACAUAACGCCGAGCUACAACUACGCCCCGAAUCCAGACAAGCACUGGAUCAUGAGGUACACUGGCCCCAUGAUGCCCAUCCACAUGGAGUUCACCAACUUGCUGCAGCGCCGGCGACUACAGACCCUGAUGUCCGUGGAAGACUCUAUGGAGAAGAUCUAUGACCUGCUGGUGGAGCUGGGUGAGCUGGACAACACGUACAUCAUUUACACGGCUGACCAUGGCUACCACAUUGGCCAGUUUGGCCUUGUGAAGGGAAAGUCCAUGCCGUACGAGUUUGACAUCCGGGUGCCAUUUUAUAUUCGUGGACCAAAUGUGGAUGCAGGUUCCCUGAACCCACACAUUGUGCUUAAUAUUGAUCUCGCCCCAACCAUCAUGGACAUUGCUGGACUGGACAUUCCUGCAGACAUGGACGGGAAGUCAAUACUAAAGCUACUAGACACGGAGAAACCAGUGAAUAGGUUCCAAGUUCAGAAAAAAGUUAAAGUCUGGAGAGAUUCGUUUCUUGUGGAGCGCGGGAAAUUGCUGCAUAAGAGAGAAACCGAUAAGAUGGAUGCUCAGGAGGAGAACUUUUUGCCCAAGUAUGAGCGCGUCAAAGACUUGUGUCAGCGAGCGGAGUAUCAGACAGCCUGUGAGCAGCUGGGGCAGAAAUGGCAGUGCGUGGAGGAUCCCACCGGAAAGCUUCGGCUGCAUAAGUGUAAGCGGGUGGCUGGUCUGUCUGCAGCCCCUGACAGCAAGAAGAUCUCCCCAAAUCUUAUGAGCAGUUAUUACAAUGCGGACAGUGAUGAAUGCGACUGUGAUGCCAUCAGCUACAAGAUCUCUCCACUUGGCCGCCGCAAGAAGCUGCUGUCCAAGAAAAAAUACAAGACCAGUUAUCUGAGAAACCGUUCCGUCCGCUCGGUGUCCGGUGAUGUCCUUAGUAUGUACAUAGAGCAGGAAUACGAGCCGGUUCUAAGAAAGAAUUUAACCAAGUGGCAGCUCCCUGAGCUGGACAAUGAUGAUGAUGAGGAGGAUAAGGACACUGACAACUUCAGUGGGACUGGAGAGAUCACAAAUGAACUGUUUGUGCCCAGUGCCGUUAAAGUGACUCAUAGGUGCCACAUUCUUCCUAAUGACACAGUGCAGUGCGACCUGGACCUCUACAAGUCUCUGCAGGCUUGGAAGGAUCACAAGCUGCACGUUGAUCAUGAGAUUGAAACAUUACAGAAUAAGAUCAAGAACCUGAGAGAGGUCAGAGGUCAUCUGAAAAAAAGGCGACCAGAGGACUGUGACUGCAGCAAGAUAAGUUAUCACUUCAAACAUAAGAAGGGGAAGCUGAAGAGCGGGGGAACCCUCAUGCAUCCCUACAAGAAAUCACUGAAAGAACAUGACAAGAUAUGGCUCCUGCGGGACCAGAGACGCAAGAAGAAGCUGCGCAAACUGCUGAAGAGGCUGAGGAACAAUGACACAUGCAGCAUGCCGGGCCUCACCUGCUUCACCCAUGACAACCAGCACUGGCAGACCGCCCCCUUCUGGACAUUGGGGCCGUUCUGUGCCUGCACCAGCGCCAACAACAACACCUACUGGUGUCUGAGAACCAUUAAUGAGACCCACAACUUCCUCUUCUGUGAAUUCGCCACCGGAUUUCUGGAGUACUUUGACCUCAACACUGACCCAUACCAGUUGAUUAAUGCAGUGAACACUCUCGACCGGGAUGUCCUCAAUCAGUUACACAUUCAGCUGAUGGAGCUGCGCAGCUGUAAGGGCUCCAGACAGUGUAAUCCCCGUACGCGGAACGUGGAGCUCGGUCUGAAAGAUGAGAGCUUUGAGCAGUACAAACAACUUCAGCGUCGAAAGUGGCCAAAAGCGAAGAGACCAUCGUCUAAAUCUUUAGACCAGUUAUGGGAGGGCUGGGAAGGUUAACACUCCUGAAGACCCUUCAAAUAAACUUGAAGCGUUGUUAACACUUGAAGACCUUCAGGAUGUUUGGACUGUAUGCCCUGUGAGUAGAUAGGCUGUGGAGGACAAAUGUGACUAAUCACCCAACAAGGGUGCAGAUUCCUCCCUAAAAAAAUAAAGAAAACUCCACUUUUGCACCAGUAAUUGUUUUUUUUUUGCAUUUUGCCUCAUACAUUCCUGCUGCUGGAGUGGGGAAGGGAUCUUACAAUCACCACUAUCCGGCCUGGAGCUGACAAGAGGUACAGAAGCAUGCCUCCGCCAACAAAAGGGAUACACUACCCCUCCCCUGCAGAGACAUACAGGAUGAGGAUACUACUGCUUGAGGAAGGGAGCAAACCCCAUAACACGAGCAUACAGUUUGUAAAUAACGUCUGGCUGCGACACAAGAAAUUACAGGAUUAAAAGUGAGAAGAUGUGACUGGUGAUUUGAUGGUUAAUUCUUGAUACAUAAUAAAGUUUCAUUACUGAU